UUUUUUUUUAAACAAAAACUGUAUUUUGAAAUGCCCUGUCUCUGGAAGAUAUUUGCUGUUUAAUGAAACAACAUCAUUGGAACUUUGUGAGCAUUUAUUAAUGUAUGAAUUUAAAACCUUGAAAUAUUUUUUAAAGUAACUUCCCUUAGGCCAGUGGAAAUCUGUGGUCAGACACUAAAGAUUUCUCAUAGCUCCAUCUGUUAUCAACACUACUAUUCCUAAAUAUGCAAUGAGCCAAAAAGCUGAGAUCAUGGGAAAAUCUAUUGGUUUGAAUUACACAAUAGUUGUGUCUGUGACUUCCCUGAUUACCUUCAAAGUGGUCAUCUUUCCCUGAAGCUCAGUAGAUGAAAUAUGACUUCAAACCUAAAAGUCAUGUACUUAAAAAGGCAAACAAGUAGCUGGUGGGUCUCCUGAUUCCUUAACCGACUUCUAACAGUGGUUAUUUUUGAGUUAUUUGUGAAUAUGUAUUUAACACCUCAGUUUGAGAGCACCUUGAGCACCGUAUCCUCUUAGCUUUCCCCAUUACUGGCCCUUCUGCUAAAUAAUCUUAAAAACAGAUUUUCAUAAAGGACUAAAGUUGUAUGAUUAUUUUCCUCUGAUAAUAUCAGAAAGUAGUUACAGAGAGUAACCCAAGACUCAAUGUGAAAUUGUUUCUAAAUUCGUAUAACUUUGGAAACUUUGUCCCUUUUGUGGUGUAACAAAACAAAAGCAAGUACUGAUACAAUGUAUUCAUACCUAAAAGCUAUAGCUGCGGAAAAAUUAUAGACAUUAGCUCUCCUAAAAGUGGCAAAAAAUGAAAUGUUUUAAAAAGGCAAAACAACGUUUCUAAAAAGCAUGAUAUACAUAAUCCUUAAACUCACCAAACAUGAACAUUUUAAUGUGAGUAUUGUAGUAUAACAUAAGGUUAUAUCCAGCUUCUAUCUACAUCUAUUUGAGAAACACUAAUAUAUUAAGUUAUAAUUGUCUUCUCUUUUUGCAAGUGUUUCAGGUUGUUUUGACGGAACUUCUUAAAUUAUCUGCUAAUUUGUUUUGAUGCCUUAACCAAUAUACGGAAGAUAUACAUAUUAAUGUUCUGUAAUUCCUCUUAUUUUUACUAAGAGUAUUAGAUCCAAAAUAAUGAUCAAGUUACCUUUAACUUCCAGAAAGUCUGCAUUAAUAUUCAGAGUACUUGAAAAUGUCCCCUAAGCCACACUUAAAGAGGUAUAUUUGUUUACACACUUAAAUAUAACAUCAUAUGUAAAUAUUCUUUUGUGAGUAUGUAUUUGCAUAGCCACACUUCUCACAGCAAGCCCUGUCCGGCACAAUACAGACAAAUGACUCAGGAAUAUAGAUGUUCCUCUAAUGUAACAAACCGUUCCGAUGAAAAUAGCCCAGAAAUAGAAUUUUAAAUCGUAAGCGGGGUUGGGGGGUGGGGGGGUAGGCAGAGAGACCUUUACUCCUGGCGAGCGUCUCUUUUUUAGCUCUCCGCAAUAAAUGAAAUUAGAGGGGGUACAAACUUAACGUCGAUUUUUUUUUCAGACUCGAAGAGGGAUAAUCUCUUGUUUUUCAAAUUAGUAAAUAAACUCGACGUUUCCCAAGAUGCUAAAGAAGAAGUCCUGUAAUUCACCAUAGAGGGGUCCGGGUGCAGAGAGUAAGGGAGAAGGGUGGGAGUUCUGAGACCUCAGAGAGGAAACGAACGAAGUCGAGCUGUCCUUGACAGGGCGUUAAGGAAACACUUUAAAAUGAGAUCUGUCAGCUAACAGCUGCUGGGGAAACUUGUUAAAUCGACCGGUCCCUUUUAGCGGGGUCUGUCCAUAGAGGAGUCAGCUGGGCUCCAGGACACGAAUAAUAGAGCGAAUAACACGGACCGAGGGGCGAGGAGCUUGGAGAAGACCCGGACUCAGCCUGCCUGCGAGCCGGGAAGCUCCUAAGAGAAGCUGCGCGGGUCGGAGAAGGUGCAGGCAACCCUGACUCUGGGCAGGAUGAUGCUGGGCGGUGGAGCUACGGCCGGCAGGGGUGGGAUUGUGAGGGAGAGGCGGGGAUGCAGAAUUGGGAUGCGGGGUCAGGAUGCGGGAAUGGGAUGCGGGGCCUGUAAACUGCUGGGCGGUUGAUGCAGGGCAGGGACGAGGAAAAGCAAUGCGAAGCUGAGCAUUGCGAGGCACCCUGACUCGAAGCAAGGCUGUAGGGAAGGAUGCAGUGUCGGGAUACCUGACUGACUCUAAGAGCUGCGCACUUGUCAGUUUCCUCUUGGCCCCACCCCGCGGGGUCUAUCCAGCUCCCCAGUGUUUAACUAAGUCGUGACACCAACGCAAAAUCCACGCCUAAUUAAAUUAAUUAGGGAUUCUUGUCAAUCCUGGAUUAAUGGCCAAGAGCACAGGCGGCAGGGGCUAUCUGAAAACCUGAGCGGCCGGGGACCGGCCUUCUCUCCCCGCCCCCUCCAGUCCCCCUGUGCUGCCCUACCACUCCAGCCCCAGCCCGCCCGAACUCCAAUCUCUCUCUCUCUCCUCUUCUCUCUCUCUCUCUCUCUCUCUCUCUCUCUCUCUCUCUGUUUCUCUCCUUUUCCCCUCCCCAACCCCCGGUAGAGGCGCGACUGCUACCCGGGAAGGGGGCUCACUCCGAGUUGCGAGGGGAGGUAAUUUACUCAGAACAAGAGGCGCCGUUAGGAAGUAUAAAUAGUGAGACUUCAAGCGCAGCGUCGCUAUCAGAUCUGAACUCUCCGCAGGAAGAAUUGUCAAAGAUCUUAACAUUGAACAAGCGCGCUCCGGCAGGGAAGCAUCAGUUCCCAUUUCCCUCCGGCGGCCCCCGCCCCUUCUCUUCUCCUCCUCCUCCUCCCUCUCCUCUUCACCCUUCUCCCCCUCCUCCUCUUCUUCCUCCUCCUCCUCUUCUUACUUCUUUUUCUCCUUCUAUUUCUCCUCCUCUUUCUUCUUUCUUCUCCUCUUUUUCUUCUUCUUCCUCCUCCUCCCUCUCCUCCCCCACCUCCUGUCCCAUUGAUGUGUUAUUAUUGGGGGGGCUGGAGCAGUAAAAAAAGAAGAAGGAAAAAAAGAGCGGGGCUCUGCUGGCAGACGUUGAGCGCCGGGCUGACGUGCGGCGGCGAUGGAAGAACUUACGGCGUUCGUCUCCAAGUCUUUUGACCAGAAAGUGAAGGAGAAGAAGGAGGCGAUCACGUACCGGGAGGUGCUGGAGAGCGGGCCGCUGCGCGGGGCCAAGGAGCCGACCGGCUGCACCGAGGCGGGCCGCGACGACCGCAGCAGCCCGGCAGUCCGGGCGGCCGGCGGAGGCGGCGGCGGAGGAGGCGGAGGCGGCGGCGGAGGAGGCGGAGGAGGUGUAGGAGGAGGAGGAGCAGGCGGAGGAGCUGGAGGAGGGCGCUCUCCCGUCCGGGAGCUGGACAUGGGCGCCGCCGAGAGAAGCAGGGAGCCGGGCAGCCCGCGACUGACGGAGGGUAGAAGGAAGCCAACGAAAGCUGAGGUCCAGGCUACGCUGCUUCUCCCGGGCGAGGCGUUUCGGUUUCUUGUGUCCCCGGAGCUGAAAGAUCGCAAAGAGGAUGCGAAAGGGAUGGAGGACGAAGGCCAGACCAAAAUCAAGCAGAGGCGAAGUCGGACCAAUUUCACCCUGGAACAACUCAAUGAGCUGGAGAGGCUUUUUGACGAGACCCACUAUCCCGACGCCUUCAUGCGAGAGGAACUGAGCCAGCGACUGGGCCUGUCGGAGGCCCGAGUGCAGGUUUGGUUUCAAAAUCGAAGAGCUAAAUGUAGAAAACAAGAAAAUCAACUCCAUAAAGGUGUUCUCAUAGGGGCCGCCAGCCAGUUUGAAGCUUGUAGAGUCGCACCCUAUGUCAACGUAGGUGCUUUAAGGAUGCCAUUUCAGCAGGAUAGUCAUUGCAACGUGACGCCCUUGUCCUUUCAGGUUCAGGCGCAGCUGCAGCUGGACAGCGCUGUGGCGCACGCGCACCACCACCUGCAUCCGCACCUGGCCGCGCACGCGCCCUACAUGAUGUUCCCAGCACCGCCCUUCGGACUGCCGCUCGCCACGCUGGCCGCGGAUUCGGCUUCCGCCGCCUCGGUAGUGGCGGCCGCAGCAGCCGCCAAGACCACCAGCAAGAACUCCAGCAUCGCUGAUCUCAGACUGAAAGCCAAAAAGCACGCCGCAGCCCUGGGUCUGUGACGCCAACGCCAGCACCAAUGUCGCGCCUGUCCCGCGGCACUCAGCCUGCACGCCUUCCGCGCCCCGCUGCUUCUCCGUUACCCCUUUGAGACCUCGGGAGCCGGCCCUCUUCCCACCUCACUGACCAUCCCUUGUCCCCUUUCGCAUCUUGGACUCGGAAAGCCAGACUCCACGCAGGACCAGGGAUCUCACGAGGCACGCAGGGUCCGUGGCUCCUGCCCGUUUUCCUACCCAAGGGCCUAGAUUUGGGUUUUGUAGGAGCGGGUUUGGGGGAGUCUGAAGAGAGACUGGACAGGGGAGUGCUGGAACCGCGGAGUUUGGCUCACCGCAAAGCUGCAACGAUGGACUCUUGCAUAGAAAAAAAAUCUUGUUAACAAUAAAAAAAUGAGCAAACAAAAAAAUCGAAAGACAAACCGGAGAGAAAAAGAGAAAGGGAACUUAUUUCUUACUGCUAUUUGGCAGAAGCUGAAAUUGGAGAACCAAGGAGCAAAAACAAAUUUUAAAAUUAAAGUAUUUUAUACAUUUAAAAAUAUGGAAAAACAACCCAGACGAAUCUCGAGAGACUGGGGGGAGUUACCAACUUAAAUGUGUGUUUUUAAAAAUGCGCUAAGAAGGCAAAGCAGAAGGAAGAGGUAUACUUAUUUAAAAAACUAAGAUGAAAAAAGUGCGCAGCUGGGAAGUUCACAGGUUUUGAAACUGACCUUUUUCUGCGAAGUUCACGUUAAUACGAGAAAUUUGAUGAGAGAGGCGGGCCUCCUUUUACGUUGAAUCAGAUGCUUUGAGUUUAAACCCACCAUGUAUGGAAGAGCAAGAAAAGAGAAAAUAUUAAAACGAGGAGAGAGAAAAAUAAUAUUAACACAAAAAAUGCCACAGACAAUGAUUUCUCUGAGAAAUUAUUAUGGCAAAACUGUCUGGACUGCUGACAGUAAAUUCCGGUUUGCAUGUUACUUGUAUUCCAUUGAUGGUGUGUCUCCUCCCACCCCCUUAUCUCCCAUGCACUCACUCCAUUUUCAUCUUCACGAUGAAAAACAAUACCAAAAGCAUCUGGAAAUUGAUAUAUAUAUAUCCAUAUAUAUAUAUCAUAUAUUUGCCAUAUAUAUAUAUAUAUAUUUGCCCUGUCUUUGAUCCUGGGGAACAAAAGAAAAAAGUCAGAAAGGGAAAAAAUUACACUCAUUGUCCUAAGAAGACAGAGGUGGGCAGAAUAUGUGGGGAAAGGAAAAAGAAAACAAGACCACCAAAUGAAAUAAUGAAGGUACAGCGCCUCGCUGUGCCAGACACAGUAGGCGCUCAAUCAGUAUUAGUUCCCACCAUUCCCCUUUUCUUGUGUUCCUUCUUGUUGGUUUCCUGAAGUCCUAUUUGAAGACAGUGCUUUAUUUCCCCCUCUCUAUCCCGUCAAAUUCACCUUAAAUAACACCCAGCUAGAUACAGGCACUAGGUUUGUGUAAGACAUGUUGAUACACACGAACAUAGUUUAUUUUGACUAUAAUGUGUGGACUGACAUUCAACAUUUGCAUUUUAUCUCACAAAGGUGUAUCUAUUCAAGUAACCUUGUUUUUUUUUGGGGGGGGGUUUUGUUUGUUUUUUGUUUUUUUUUCUUUUGGUUGUUUGUUUCAAUUCAUGUAGCUAUUUAAACUGGGAUACCUUGGACUAAGCCAGUCUGUAUCCCAAUUCGCUAGCAAGCCUAAGUUUGUGGGUUUUUGUUUUUGUUUUUGUUUUACCUUCUAAUUUACAAGAAAGAGGAAAAGCUCUUCUAACUGAACUUUGGUAUGCGGUUGAGCUUUGUAACUAUUUGUUCUCCAUGAAAACAAAAUUAUUUAUAUUUGACAUAUUUUUUUCUAGUGUAUUAAGUUAUUUUAAACAAAAGAUGUUAUCUCAUGACGUGUUGUCAGUACAAAAUGUGUCGCCUCCAAUUCUGUUAAACCUUUUAAAUAAGUGCCAAGUUAUUAAUUGAAGACACUUUGCGAUCAAUUGAAUGAAAAUAUCGUUUCAUUUGAUGGGGUUCGCGUCAUCUUUGUUCCUGUUACUAUUAAAAUAUCCGGGAUAGUC